AUAAUGGAAAAAGGGGCGACUUCGCCGAUUUCAAAGUCCUUGAAAUAUAUUAACCAGAUCAAUAUUCUAAACCACUAUUUCCUAUACAUACAUAUAAUCAUCGUUCGGCAUUACUUUUCAAGAUAUUCGCCAAAAGCUUGAAUUAAAUUUAGAUUAUGAUUACACUCUAUACUGGAAUAAACGACCGUAUUUUUAUAUAGCCCAACCUAAACUUAACGCAUUGAUGAAAGGAAACCAUUUGUAAUAUUAUAUAAAUAGAAAAGGAAAAUCAAUGUGUUAUAGGUUGGGUCAGAGUAGUAUCCGGCCGCCAUUAGGCGUGAAAUAAUCCUCGAUGAAUUGAUUGAUAUACGGAAUGUUGCACUUAUUUCAGAAUUUUCGAUUGAUCAAAAAUUUAAUAAAUAUUUCAAUAUAACAUACGUAUCUACUUCCAUUGAAAAAUUGUUUACGAAACAAACAUUUAUAAAACAAGUUUGUUAAAUAAUGCAUAUAGUAUUAAACAUAAAUUGCUUUACACAUAACCUGAAAACUAAAGCCGAACAGCGCAGCGGUUAUAUGUAUAGGAAAAAGUUCUCCAGAAUGUUCACCUUGACAACAUAUUUGAAGGUCAUUGAAAUCCGUAAAUUCGCUCUUAUUUCCAAUAUUUACUGAAAAAGAACAUUUUUUCCUUUCGUUAUACAACCAUUGCUAUGAAAUACCGUUGUCGCAUGCAUCGCAUAUUUUAAUGAAAUUUACGAAAAAAGAUCGAUGAGAGGGAAUAUAAAACUUUCAAUUUGCCUGCCAUUUCAUUUAUUCGGAAUGUGUUGGAAUAUGACAAGGAACAAUGAUAUACAAGUGCAACUUUGUUAUAGGGAGAUUAUUAUGUUGUAAAAAUAUUGUUAGGUACAAUUAAGGUUAAAUGAAUUUUGUAUCGAAACUUGAGAAAUGAAUGUACGAAAUGAAUCAAAGAGGAUAGGUAAAUCAACAUCGAAUUAUCGGGAAAAUCAAAGUUUAACAAACUACGGCUAAUAACUAUAACUUGUUGAAAAGACGCUAGAUGAAAGCCGAGAAAUAUAAUAAAAUUUAGUGAAACAUCAGACAUUUCUCACGAUUUACUUAUAUAACGAAAAAUUUUGUUGCGAGAGAUAUUUAUUAGCCCUUGUACAUAGUAUCCGUCAAAACUAAUGCUCAUCGAUAUUUCAUUUACUUAUAGUUAUUGAUAAAUUGGAGCAUUAAACGAAUCUAUCGUUGAAAAUAGAAAUAGUUUUCCACAAUUUUCUUAUUUUUGCUAUUUUCGUCCACUCAUCCGUAACGAAAAAUGUGCAUAUGCAUGUGUUUAUUUCCGUCUAUUUACGUACAUGUGUACCUACAUAAAUGUCGUAGUAAAAGUUGAAAAGAAGAUACCAAAUAAAUGACAAAGAUACGAUUCGAUGAUAAAGCUAGAGAGUCGCGAGUGAACAAUUGUAGCGAUCAUUUCUGAUCUGCCAUAUCCAAGAGAGUUAUUUGUCUUUGAGUGCGCGUGGGAAUGGUUUUCAUCGAGUAACUUAUGAAACCGAGCAAGCAAAUGCCUCGUAAACUAUGACACGAACGGUUAUUUGAAAUUUGUGUACUAUUCUAUGUUCCAGCUUACUUUUAAAUAUAUAUAGAUUGAUACGUGUCUACGAUAAAAUAUUGCAUCGUAUCAUUUGUCACAAUUAUCUACGUGUUUAUAUAUUACAUAUGUAUGUUUUGCCUUCGAACUUAUUUGCCAGUUUAGAAUACAAGUUCUGAAAAUGAAUUCGAAUGUUGCAAUUAAUACGUAUGUAUACAAAAUCGGCAGGCGUGUCGCUUAUUUAUUUUCGAAUAGUAUAUUGGAAACCGCGUCGUUACGAUGAUCAUUGUCGCCACUAGGUCAUGGUUAGGUGAUUAUGAAUGAAAUUGAAUUUUUAAGUAAAACAUCUUUCCGGGAAAAGAGAUUCAACGGGUGAACAUCGAAGGUCAAUGAACCGAUUAUAUUUGUGAUCAUCGUGACUAGAACGAAUGCAAACCAAUUAUCUGGGUUCGUAAUCACAUUUGUGGAGCGUGUAUUUGACGUUUCUAUCCAAGUAUGCAAGGUCGUCGCUACUUAUGUAAUAGAUUAACCAAAAUCGAAUGCCAAUAGAAUGUAAGCAAACACGAUCGUUUUACUGUAUACACAUACAUCCGGUAUCUUUAAACAAUGAAGAUUUAUUAAGUGAUCGAAAAAAUCGACGAGAAACAUAAUGGACGUGAAAUAAAUAUAAUGGGAUUAAGAGCAAGAAAUGGCAAGCAAGAAUUCUAUGAUAACGCCGCGUCGCUCUUCUUUCUUGUAAUGCGGCCGUUUCCUCCUUCAAUAUGAUACAACAAAUAUAGGUAUAAAUUGUACACCUCCAGCGAUAGAAGACUUUCCACACGACCUUUUCGACGAGAAACAGAGGCAGGGCGGAGCUGUCGUCGUGCACGUAAUCGUUUCGCUUUACCUGUUUAUCGCGUUAGCGGUAGUGUGUGAUAAAUUUUUCGUUCCCGCAGUAGAAAAGAUAUGUCACGCACUUUCAAUGUCCAAGGACGUGGCAGGUGCUACCUUUAUGGCCGCAGCAACGUCGGCGCCGGAACUGUUCGUAAACGCAAUCGGCACGUUCAUCACCGAAGGUGACAUCGGUGUCGGAACAAUAGUAGGCUCGGCUGUAUUCAAUAUUCUCGCGGUACCGGCUUGCUGCGGUAUAGGUGCUGGGAUGGUAGUUCCUCUUGACUGGUGGCCAGUUAGCAGAGACUGCCUCGCCUACGGCGUUACGGUUGCCAUUCUGAUAUGUAUCAUACACGACGAACGAGUAGAAUGGUACGAAGCGUUAACGCUAGUGUUAUUGUACAUCGUAUACAUCGCCGUCAUGUAUUGGGACAAAUCGUUUCAGCGAUGCACGCGAUUCCGUACGCAUAAUGCUGAUCGAUCGUCAACGGAUGAUCACCGACACGCGACAGAAGGCAGCACAGAAAUUCACAUGGCAAGAUCCGACAAAGUACAAUCGGCCGUUGAACAAACUGAACAUAUAGAUCUACCAUUGCAAAAUGGAGGAACGAAACCUCAAGAAGAGAAUCCCGACCCUAAUUAUGAAUACGAAUUAUUGGUUUGGCCGACACGAGCUGGGUGGAUAAGAAAAACAGCAUGGAUUAUGACUUGGCCGAUUCAUUUAAUUUUCAUGUGUACUAUUCCGGAUUGUGAAAAGCCACGAUUCAAGAAUUGGUUUCCGAUAACGUUCCUUAUGUGCAUCAUUUGGAUUGGAUCGUUGAGCUAUGUGGUCGCAUGGAUGAUCACUAUAAUUGGAGACACUCUGAAAAUACCGGAUUCCGUGAUGGGCAUUACUUUCCUGGCUGCUGGUACCAGCGUACCAGAGGCUGUAUCAAGCGUAAUAGUGGCAAAGCAAGGACACGGCUCGAUGGGUAUUAGCAACUCGAUCGGAUCAAACACUUUUGACAUAUUGUUGUGUUUGGGUCUACCGUGGCUAAUUAAAUCUUCGUUUUCACCAACACAACCAGGAAAACAUUACAUCAGUAUAAAUUCUGGUGGGCUCGAGUACAGUGCCAUAUCACUGUUAUCGACACUAAUGUUACUCUACAUUGCUUUUGCUUCGAAUAAGUUUCAGCUUGAUAGAAAAGUUGGUCGAGCCUGUUUAUGUAUGUAUGCCGUAUUUCUGAUAUUAGCCUCGUUGAUAGAACUCAAUGUAUUCUUCAGGGUAAACUUGCCCACGUGCCAGAGGACGGUCAAGUGAUCCGAAAUCGAAAGUAGAGUUGCUUAAUGAUAUUUCAUACGGUGUUUACUCUGAUCCUCGUACGUUCUCCCGAACUUACGAAAAACAUUGUGAACCGAAGAACGCUGUUUUACAUUAUACGAAACUAUUUCUUCUCCCGUCUCGUUUUUCGACGAGAUCGUCCUUCACCCCGAGGCUCCGUUACUCCAUGGCAUUCUUUCCUUCGUAAUCCAUCCAUAAUCCCUCUCUCUUUUUCUUUUUCGCCUUUUUUCUGUCCUUUUUUCACAUCAAAUCAUCACAUACUCGAUCACCCUUUGACUUCUCUAUUGCGAUCAAACUUUAUCGUUUCCAUCUCUCCAACUCUUUCUCUCGCGCUAUCGUCUAAUUAUUCCGCUUACCACGAACAACAUGUAAUUUUUAACGUGAUUUAGGGACAUAAACAGUAAACGAAAAAAAGAAGAAAACAAGGAAAUUUCGUCCUCUGGUAAAAGAAUAAGAAAGAGUUUGUCAUUCAUGCGAGUGCAGGAUCUGAACGUUGAAGCGUACUCACGUAUUCGUAAUGAUAGAAAAUGUUGGUAACAAUGAUUAAACGAGUAAAUGGAAUUAGGAAACAAAAUAUUGUUAAAAUAAUAAAUAAAUAAGGUCGUAAUAAGAUGUCGGUGAAAAGAAUUGGAUUACAAAGUAAAGCGAAAGAAGCUAGAGACAAACGAAGAUUAAGAAAUCAACAAAAGUACGAAGUACAUAUAACGAACACGUAUGUAACAUCGUAUAUAUGUAUAUUCAUAUAUAUACACACAUAUAUAUAUAUAUAUAUAUGAAUGAAGUAUGCAUAUGUUCGUGCAUGCGUGUGUGCGCGCGCGCGUGUGUGUGUGUGUGUAAUGUAUGUAUGUAUGUAUGUAUAUAAUAUAUGUAUAUACAGUAGAUCGAUAGCGUAGAAAAGACUGCCGCUUUUAUAAAUGUUUCAUUUCGAGAAAUACAGCACAUACAUCAAACGAAUAUGAAUACGUAUAUUGGGUAGCUAAUAUGUCCGAUUAAAUAAAGUUUCGAUAAUCGGUUAUCAUUGCGGAACACCAUGAUAAUCGGUUAUCGGAACGGGGGAAUUACGAAAGUCUCGAUAAUUGCGCGCCAAGAUUGACAUCACGUUUAUUGGUAAAAUACAUUGACAUGUACUGAAAUUCGCCGCAGGGUGUAUAUUUAAGUAAUCUAAGAACUUAACGAGAUUAAUAAAGUACUGUAAUAAGUUAUUAAAAAGA